CCAUGUGCCUUGUGAUGAUACUGCUUCGAACCCGGCUAAAUUCGACUAUUUUCUCAUUAGCAGUAUUGACUCGAAUCGCCGCUACUCGAUCGACCUACACAAGAAAUGCACGCAUGGAAUCCUGACGAUCGAUGGGUUACUCGACCGGAUUUCACGUGUGGCAAUUGGAAUGGCCUCAACGCCAACGAGGAACACAUGCAGUAGUAGGAGUGGCAACAAAAGCAGCCGCACUUCAUGCAAUGGUUAUCAGCAUCGAUUGAAGGAAGGAUACCGGGAAAGCUAUGGUUGGGAUCUGACUCGAGGUGAAUGCCACCAUGAUUCCAAGAACUGCAGUCCAUGGCAGUAUCCAACUGGUGUUCCAAUGCGACCCGACUAUACUCCAAUUCCUGAUAAGUUCUACUGUAUUUUGGACAUGGAUGACGGUUAUAUGGCAUUCGCUACCGACCAGCACUAUCUGGGUGUUGCAUUCCGUAAUCUUCAAGGGAAGACAUUGUAUCCAAUCGUGUCGGCUGUAUGGGGACAUUGCGAGAUUACCAUGAAAUAUCUCGGAGGCAUAGAACGUGAGCGACCACAAUUUGAGCCUUUGCCUUUUUCACCGAUUCUUCGCGCCAAUCCUUCUUGGGAGAUGUUCUCACCAGAUACGGAGAACGUGCCUGAGAAAGCUCUGAUUGGCGAAAAGUCUCAAAAUCUAGGAAUACCGUUUGAUCCUCGAGCACCGCCCAGUGUACUUUUGCCUCCACCCACGCGUAUGCGCUUUCAUCCGUCAUCGCAAUAUGUACCCAUCAUUGAGUACAAAUACCUUUGGCCUACAGUAUUCGAUGACUG